AUGCCUCGCGAAAUCGGUGAUAUCAAGCAGUUCAUUGAGAUUGCCCGGAGAAAGGACGCUUCCUCCGCCCGCAUCAAGAAGAGCACCAAGAACUCCCAGAUCAAGUUCAAGGUCCGCUGCCAGCGCCACCUCUACACCCUCGUCCUCAAGGACUCCGACAAGGCCGAGAAGCUCAAGCAGUCCCUCCCCCCUCAGCUCCAGAUCAAGGACGUCCCCAAGAAGAACCCCAAGGGCAAGUCCUCCGCAUAA